GGCCCUCACAGAAAUCACAUGUCUCCGCUUCCCCUCGUCUCUACUUCGUCUACAGUGGUCUCUUUACAACUCCCCCCACUUAAAUGCCGUAUCCUCUCUCUCUACUACUCUCUCUCUCUCUCUCUCAAAAGCCGAAACGAUGCGGAGGCCACGACGACGACGCACAGAGGGCUAGGCAGACACACCACCAACUUUCCCUUUUCUUGGAGUCCUCUCCUGCUGUCGCAUUUCCUCGAUCGUCUCCUCCUCCUCCUCCUCGUUUCGACGCUCCAUCUUCGCAAAGAUUCGACCUUUUCUCUGCGCCGUAUCGAGGGUGAUCGCUGGAAUUCGUGGGGAAGCUCCGGUUCCGGCUCCGGCUCCGGCUCGGUCCGAUGUCUGUGUCCCCCAGUCUUCUGUUUUUCCAGCUGUAGGAGUGUGUUUGGAAAGUUUUUCUUCUGAUGGAAGACCCGAAAGCACCCGUGGCUGAAUGCCCUCGUGUCGAAACCCUAGGAGAAUCCACUACUGCAGAGCAUCGUCCGUUCAGUUCCAGUGAAGACGGUGGUGGUGGGUCUUGCUUGCGUGUCGAUUCUCUGAAGGAAAAUGGUAAUGAUCUCCAGCCUCAGGAUAAUGGUGAUGGUGCAGCUGUUGAUUCUGUGGCGACGGAUGCUGAAGUUGGGAAUGCGAACGUUAGCUGCGGUGUUAAAGGAAGUGAAGCUGUAGAUGAGAAAUGUGGCGACUUGGCCUUUCGUUCUGAGGUUCUGGUCGAAGAGGCUGGUAGAAAUACUGAUAUUGUUGAUGGCGGUGAUGUUGUGGAGAGCGCUAUCGGAGCAGCAGCUCAGGAUGUUGAAAGAGAGAGCACUAUUGCUGUUGGUGCAGGGGUUAGUUCGGGCAUCGUUGAAGAUACGAUAGUUGGCAAUCUAGAAAAUUGCAAUGCUGGUGGCAACACGGAAGACAUUUUGGCAACUGUUGAGGUCGGGGGUGGAAAUGUGAGCUCGAGCGGUGAUAGGGGCGAGGAGCUUGAUAAUGAUGUGGUGGCCCUAGACGGAGGAAUGGAACCUGAUGAAGCACCUGCUUUGAUUGGAGACAAUACAUCUGAGAAGAUGAAACUAACUGGCAACGGUAUAUCGAUUUUUGUGGAAUUUCCUGGACCAGCAAGUGGAGCAAUUCAGGAUCGUGUUCUUGAAGGUGGCCAUCAUUUGGGCAUCAAAGAAGAGCAGGAGAGAACGCCUUAUCAGGUGAUGGAUAGGAUGCCAGAUAAUAAGGACAGCGUCAGCUUUGCUGUAGGCGAUGUUGUAUGGGUGAAAACUAAAAGUCAAUCAUGGUGGCCAGGAAAGAUUCUAGAUCCUUUAGAUGUGCCGAAACAUGGUAUGGAAACAUUGGGAGUUGAUGAGAGGGAGUGUCUACUUGUUGGGUACUUGGGAAGUGGUCACGUUUCUUGGUGCCUCCGGUCUCACUUGAAGUCUUUUCAUAGCAACUUUGAGCAGAUGCUGAAACAAAAUAAGUCCAGAAGCUUCAUCAGUGCUGUCGAAAAGGCUGUGGAUGAAUUUGGCACCCGUGUGAGGCUGAAGCUCUCGUGCACAUGCUUUCUACCAGAAGAUGAAGAAGGGGCUGUAAAGCCUGAAGAAGGGCUGUAAAGCCUGAAGAAGGGGCAAAGGUCUCUGUUUUGGAGGA